UACAGGUUUCUGAUCUCGCUUUCCCUCCACUUCCGACGUCGAAAUGGAAUUCCAAGAAAGCGGUGGCUGCACUUCCGAUUGGGACCAGCAUUUUACAGAACAAGUCAUCCAGUCAAUGGACGCCAUCGAGGCCUCUCUUCGUUCUUCUUCAUCUUCGUCCCCCUCUUCUCUCCUCAAGAAACGCAACUCCACCAUCCAUCAUGAAGAUAUCCCCCAAACCCGCCGCAGAUUACCCAAUUCCAUCGUCUCUCCGCCACCUUCUUUUCCAUUUUCCUUCGCACGUUGUCAAUCUUACCCAAAGCUUAGAUAUCCGCCGUUGAGAUUUGGGGGUCGAAUUUUGUAUAGCAGAACAGAAGCUGAGGUGGAAAAGGCUGCAAUGGGGCUUUUGGGAAUACUUGAAGAUAAGAAAAAGGAAACGGGUCAAGUUAGUAUUGGGUUUGAUAUCGAGUGGAAACCCUCUUUCGAAAAAGGUAUUUUCCCUGGAAAGGCUGCAGUGAUGCAGAUAUGUUGUGACCGUCGUUAUUGUUAUGUGAUGCAUAUUAUUCAUUCCGGAAUACCUCAAAGUCUGCAGGUUCUUCUUGAGGAUUCUGAAAUUAUAAAAACCGGAGUUGCAAUUGAUGGCGAUGCUGUCAAGAUGUUCAGUGACUAUAAUGUAUCUGUUAAAGCUCUGGAAGAUCUUUCAGAUCUAGCAAAUCAAAAGUUUGAUAGGGAUCGUCGAAAUUGGAGUCUUGCAGCUCUCACCGAGGAGCUUUUUUGCAAAGAGCUUCCGAAGCCCAAGAAAAUUAGGCUAGGGAACUGGGAGUUAUAUCCUUUAUCCAAGGAGCAACUACAGUAUGCAGCAACUGAUGCUUUCGCUGCAUGGCACCUAUACCAGGUUUUAAAGAGCCUACCAGAUGCAGUAAAGGAUCUGGCGGAUAAAAGCGAAAACAUUCCAGCACAAUGGUUCUCAUAGUAGGUUU